UAUAUAUAUGUGUAUAUUUACAUAAUGUCAGAGAAAUAUUUAUAUAUUCCUAGUUUUCUAGACUUCAGUCACGCGAUAGUCUCAUUAAUCGAUUCAACUGCAGUACAAUGCAAACUUGAAAACACGACAGUGGACAAAUUACAUGUAAGCUUCUUGCACGUUGGAGUCUUCUAAACUAUUGGAAAUACUCGCGUCAAGACUAUUUCGGAAAGUCUCCGUGGAAGGAAUUUCGUGACUACACGUUUUUUCAUCCGCGAGAUUUCGCGCAGCCGUCGCGCGAUGGUUCUUUUACCGGAUUUCGAGCGGCCGUUUUCGAUUCCGCCGUCACGGGCGGAAGUGACGGCGCGGAAGUCCUCGGAUCCUCGAAGACCGCGCUGCCCGAUCGUCUUCCGAAUCGCAUUAUCGCGGGAAUGCGCGUGGCUCUCAUCGCCACCGAUCAUUUUAAUCCGUGAUAGCACGGCAAUACACGAUGAAACGAGGCGAUUAUAACGCAUACGUGUAUACGUGGGUGGGGGUCGUCGGCGUACGAGAGAUCGAGGGAGGAAAGGAGAGCACACCGCCGGUACUAUCCUCCGUGCCGGUGGUCCGCCGCGAGCGACGAUUCUGCUCGCGAUAAUGCGAUAGUGUUGGUCCGCUGCGUUUAGCGGUUGAUAAAAGAUAGCGGUUAUACCGAAGACAAGUCAGUACUCACCCCACUGUCCGACCGGCCGAUCGCUCGCGACCGAGCUCGCCGGUCCUGAACGCGCAGACGAGGGUUGUACCGCGAAAAGUUCCUUCACGUCGUACCGACGGCUUUUGCGUUCCUCGAGCAAUCGUGACGGAAAAUAGUGCGAUAGCAUUGGAAUUGUGCCGAGACAGUGCGACGUCGUUUUUGAAUAAUAUCUGAAAAGCGCGAGGUGCUUCGCGCGAAGCCGAGCGCUCGAAGAAGCCUGAAAGAAACGAGCAUCGUUAAGGAAGCUCUCGGGAUUCCUCUUUUUCAGAAUGUCAAAGAAGUUGACUCGGACAAGCGAAUAAGCGAAACGGGCAUCCUCACCUUACAAGCAUGUCCCCCGCAGAUAUAUUCCUUCGUCCCGCCACAAUGAUGACGAUGAAUCCGGACGAAUAAAUCGGAACCUGAUCGAAUUGAAUCCGACGUCGUCGAAGAAUGCCAGGAGUAAAACGUCGAACGUCAUCGCGCCCAAACAAACUGCCGCUCGUCCUCUCAAGCUGACGUUCACGCGUGCAAAUCCUUUUUCGAUAGCUGGUGAUUUCGAUUAGCGCGAGCCAUGCAUAAUGACCAGCGGCGCGACUGCUAAACUCAAUCCGGAUUGUGUAAGAAUGGUGGAGCUGCGUGCGGCCGGCGCCGGGAUGACAGGCAGCCUGGACACCAAGUCGUCGAAUCGUGUGCACUACGCCGUCCUCACGAUCCUGGACACGAUAUUCUCGUCGCUCGUGGCCGCGCCGGCGGUGAUCGGUUACUGGCGCGGCACUUGGGAGCUCAGCGACUUCUACGUGUACCCGGACAACCCGGCGCUCAGCAGCUUCGCGUCCAUCACCAUCGGCUUCACCGGCCUCUUCGCCUUCAACGUGCUGCAGCACGGCCUGAACGACAUCCUCCAUCCGGACAAGCACCGGCUGUCCUACUACCUCUGCUCGCGGCUCUACACCGGCGUGUUCGGCCUGUGCUGCGUGAACGCCUGGCGCGGCGCCUGGAAGGCCCUGGACAUCUACACGGAACCGACCCCCGGCACCGUCGUUGCCACGACCGUCGUCAGUCUCCUCGCGCUCGGCAUCAUGCGCGCGAUUCGCAAUGUCUCCGCGCCGCCGUUCUCGCUCGUUCUAGACUCGUGUCCGGGUUACUUCGAAGUGCAGACUAUGUUUCGCGUGAACAAUACGAGAGACUGGUCCCUGUACUUACUGGAUUGUGCCUUUAGUGUCGGUGUCGUGGGCACGCUGGUUGUUUUCGUGUGGAGAGGAUUUUGGAUCCUCAUAGAUAUGUACCUAUUUCCAGAAAAUCCCGAAUAUUCCACCGUUGGCUCACUGGCCAUCGGGUAUGUCAUAGUCGCCGUGACGUUUUGCUUGCAACCGCUGAUGCGAUAUGCCUGCACGCAUCUUCAGGGUCUGAUGCGUUUGAUAGUCGCGGACGCUUUCCUCCUUCUGAGCUUCCUGGGGACCAUAAACGUUUGGCGUGGCAUAUGGAACGCGCUGGAUCUGUGGUUACUGCCGGACAAUCGGGAAUUAUCCUGCUGGAUCACCAACGUCGGCUGCUUCAUCUUUCUUGUCCUCCUGAAUUGUAGCAACACCAUUCUCGUCCGCGGCGUUUACAUCGACGCCGAGGAAGAGGAAGGGAAGUGCGUCGUGUUUCCGUGUCACUAUCUUCGAUUAUUCUUUAAGAUCGAACGCGAGAAGAAGCAAGCGAGGCAGCAAAAGUUAUUGGUGGCUGCGCAAGAUUUGGACGGUCGCAGCGAUGUGAACGAAAAGGACGGCGAGAACGGAACUCUUCUGCCGAAUAACACCGCAGUGAAGAUCAUACCGGCGAAUGCAGAUUCUCUCGCAUAAACGACACGGGGAGUCGAUUUCUUUAUCGUAGACGUGAUUCGCCGUUUGUGCGCGGGUUCAAUUCACGGUCGUGAAAAAGGCUGCUCGAAUAAGUGGUUCCUUCGUAGAUCGAACUCUCUCAUCCAUUCUAUCGAUUUUAUUUGAUUUAAUCUUUAAGACGUUCUUGUAAGAAAGUGCGACAAUUCUUGUAAUAGUGCAAUUCGUGUAAUGAAAACCGAAAUCAGGGCAUAGUGAUAUAAGGAAGAUAAUUUCGCCGGUGACACGCGGCAAAGAAGAACGGUCAGAAAGCGUAUGGCUGUGAAUGAACGUACAAAGUGGACAUAUGUUUAUAGUAAGACUCCGCGCGAUUAGGAGCAUUAUCGCGGACAAGUGUUACGGUGCAAAACAGUAGAGUGUAUACGGUAUAUACAAGUAAUUUGUGCCAUUGAAGCGACGACAAUUCGGAGCUCGAUUAAUAGGGAUUUAGCGCUGCCGUUGUAUUUUUUCGGGCGCCGUUUGUAUAGCUAAUUUUCAAAGGACUAAUGCGCGACACGUGAAAGAUUAUUUAUAUAUUUAUUUAAAAAUGCAUUACACGCGCAUGCAUGGACAAAAUUUGAUUCAUAGAGAUACUUACCGAAUAAAUCGGAUGUUAACAUUUAGA